GGAAGUGGAAGGUGCGCUUGGCGGCGGCGGCGGGAGCUGCGGAGUCGGGAAUCAAAAUAAAGGGCCUGGGGGGUGGGGGGGGAAGGUGGCGGCGUCGGAAUGUGAGCAGAGGAAGAGCUGGUGGCUGAGGGUGGAAGAAUAAGAGAAAAAAGAUGAAAGAAUGUUGACCCGUAUUGUCUGGCUAUGUGAUGGAAGGGAACGGAACUGAGAACCCUUGCAGCAGAACACUUGGAUGGUUUCACCAAGAUAAGGAUGCUAAGCCGUGGCUUUGGAAAUUCUCUGGUUGCUUUUCUCGUCCUGAGCAGACAUUGCCUCUUCGUUCCCAAACGAAAGAGUACAUGGAGAACAAGAAAGCUGCUGUGGAGUUAAAGGAUAUACCAUCUCCCCUUCAUGUUGGCUCUAAAUUUUUCCCAGCAGUCCCACUUCCUGAUAUUCAUUCUCUUCAGCAACCUAAAGUACAGCUCUCAGCUAUUCCCAAAGUAAGCUGCUGUGCUCAUUGCCCUAAUGAACCCUCCACUUCACCCAUGCGUUGUGGUGGUGGCAGUGGCAGUAGUGGAGGUUCUGGGAGCUUGAUUCACACGGGCUCACUCUUAGACUCACCAAGCACCGGGACAGUCACCUGUCAAGUAGGGCCAGGUUUUGCUUUCCAGUCUCUGUCUUCACUGCAGAAUGCCUCCACUAGAAACAACUUGGUGGGCCUUACAAGUGACUUCCCCAGCAUGUGUGUAGAGAGUAACCUACCUUCCUGCAAGCACCUGUCGUGUUGUGGGAAGCUCCAUUUCCAGUCAUGUCACAGUAAUGUCCACAAGCUGCAUCAAUUCCAGAGUCUCCAGGGCUGUACCUCUGCUGGCCAUUUCCCCUGUUCUGAUUUCCCAAGUGGGGCUCCUGGGCAUUUGGAAGAGCGCCUUUCCCAUUCAGAGCUUACACCUCACUUGUGCACCAACUCUCUUCACCUAAAUGUGGCACCUCCGGUUUGUUUAAAGGGCUCACUUUACUGUGAAGACUGUCUAAACAAGCCAACAAGAAAUAGUAUAAUUGAUGCUGCUAAAAUCUGGCCAAAUAUACCACCUCCAAGCACUCAGCCUGCACCUCCAGCUAUUCCUCUGUGUAAUGGCUGUGGAACAAAAGGGAUGGAAAAGGAGGCCUCGUUGUUGGCAACUAGUCUAGGCAAAGCUGCUUCGCAAUUUGGAUCACCAGAAGUUGCAGCCACUGGACAGGUACUGGAGACCCUACCCCCUAUUGGCGUUUUCUGGGAUAUUGAAAACUGCUCAGUCCCCUCUGGCCGGUCAGCAACGACUGUUGUACAGAGAAUCCGUGAGAAGUUUUUUAGAGGACACAGAGAAGCAGAGUUUAUCUGUGUGUGUGACAUCAGUAAAGAAAACAAGGAAGUUAUUCAAGAGCUGAAUAAUUGUCAGGUAACAGUUGCUCACAUAAAUGCUACUGCGAAGAAUGCUGCUGAUGAUAAGCUCCGGCAGAGCCUGCGAAGGUUUGCAAAUACACACACUGCUCCAGCUACUGUGGUUCUUGUGUCAACUGAUGUCAACUUUGCAUUGGAACUCAGUGAUCUCAGGCACCGGCAUGGUUUCCACAUCAUUUUGGUACAUAAAAACCAGGCCUCUGAAGCCUUGUUACAUCAUGCUAACCAGCUGAUCAGAUUUGAAGAGUUCAUUUCCGAUCUACCCCCCAGGUUACCACUGAAGAUUCCUUGCCACACUCUACUCUAUGUUUAUAACCUGCCAGCAAACAAAGAUGGCAAGAGCAUCAGCAACAGGCUCAGGCGCCUCUCUGACAACUGUGGUGGCAAGGUGCUGAGUAUUACAGGCUGCAGUGCGAUUCUCCGCUUCAUAAACCAAGACAGCGCAGAGCGGGCCCAGAAGCGAAUGAAAAAUGAAGAUGUCUUUGGCAACAGGAUCAUUGUGUCCUUUACUCCAAAACAUAGAGAAUUCUUUGAAGCCAAGAGUUCAAAUGCUAUUGCCGAUAAAGCGAAGUCUCCCAAAAAAGUUAAGAACACAAAAUUGUGCCUCAUCAAAGACACAAGUGAACAGUCACCUAGUGCCAAAGCCAUGCCUGGGAAAGGAUUGCAGGCAAAUUCUGGAUCUGCUACAAAACCCACAAACGUUAAAAGCUUACAGGAGCUGUGCCGAAUGGAAUCAAAGACUGGCAAUAGAAACAGUGACCAUCAGCAAGGCCAUGGGAGGCUGGCAGCACUGCCUAACAGUGGCCCAACUGCUUCAGUGCCCACCCUGAAGAACACAGGUGUGAUGGAGCCACUUUACAGAAGCAGUCAGAAAAAAGAGAACCUCAGUUCCCAGAGCACUGCCAGCUCUCCUGUAGAGAAGCGAGAGGAAACUGUCUUCCAAGUCAGCUACCCAUCUGCAUUCAGCAAGCUGAUCGCCUCAAGGCAAGUCAGCCCUCUGCUCACCUCUCAGUCUUGGUCUCCAAGGAGUAUGUCCCCAAACCUUUUGAACAGAGCCUCACCACUUGGUUUCAACAUUGCCAAUCCCAGGAGCGGUGCUGACUGCCCAGACCCAUUUGCAAAUGGUGUUGAUAUCCAGGUCAGCAAUGUGGACUACAGGCUGUCCCGGAAGGAGCUGCAGCAGCUCCUCCAGGAAGCCUUUUCCAAGCAUGGCCAGGUGAAGAGUGUUGAACUCAGUCCCCAUACUGAUUACCAGCUCAAGGCCAUUGUGCAGAUGAGAAACUUGCAAGAAGCAAUCUGUGCAGUGAACAGCCUCCACAGGCACAAAAUUGGCAGCAAGAAGAUACUGGUCUCACUCUCCCCAGGAGCUGCCAAAAAGUCACUCUCUUUACUAAGUACAGAAACAAUGUCUAUUCUUCAGGAUGCUCCCGCCUGUUGUUUGCCUCUCUUUAAAUUUAUAGACAUCUAUGAAAAGAAGUAUGGACACAAGUUAAAUGUGUCUGAUUUAUAUAAAUUAACAGACACGAUUGCAAUCCGUGAACAGGGAAAUGGACGGCUGGUGUGUCUCUUACCCAGUAACCAGGCCCGCCAGAGCCCCCUGGGUUCUUCCCAGUCACAUGAUGGCUCCUCCACAAACUGCAGCCCAGUUCUGUUUGAAGAGUUGGAGUAUCAGGAACCUGUCUGCAAGCAGCACUGCUCUAACAAGGACUUCAGUGAACUUGUAUUUGAUCCAGACUCUUACAAGAUUCCUUUUGUGGUUCUCUCUUUGAAAGUGUUCGCACCUCAAGUUCAUAGUCUUCUGCAGACCCACGAGGGUACUGUGCCUUUGCUAAGCUUUCUAGAUUGCUAUGCUGCGGAGUUUGGUGACCUAGAAAUUACGCAAGACAGCCACAAGGGUGUCCCCUUAGAGCACUUCAUCACCUGCAUUCCAGGAGUGAAAAUUGCCACUGCUCAGAAUGGCAUCAAAGUAGUGAAGUGGAUUCACAACAAGCCCCCAACUCCCAACACUGACCCUUGGCUUCUUCGUUCUAAAAGUCCUGUGAGGAAUCCUCAGCUGAUUCAGUUUAGCAAAGAAGUCAUUGAUUUACUGAAGAACCAACCAUCUUGUAUACUACCAAUCAGCAAUUUCAUCCCUUCCUACCAUCACCAUUUUGGAAAGCAGUGCCGGGUUUCAGACUAUGGAUAUUCCAAGCUGAUUGAACUACUAGAAGCUGUGCCUCAUGUGUUGCAGAUUCUUGGAAUGGGCUCCAAGCGUCUGCUGACCCUCACUCAUAGGGCCCAGGUGAAGCGCUUUACUCAGGAUUUACUAAAACUUCUCAAGUCCCAGGCCAGCAAGCAGGUCAUUGUGAGAGAUUUCUCACAGGCUUAUCAUUGGUGUUUCUCAAAGGACUGGGAUGUCACGGAAUAUGGUAUUUGUGACUUGAUUGAUAUAAUAUCAGAGAUCCCAGACACAACUAUUUGCUUGUCCCAGCAAGAUGACGACAUGGUCAUUUGUAUCCGAAAAAGAGAACGGACUCAGGUUGAAAUAGAAAGGACAAAGCAGUUCUCCAAAGAUGUUGUGGACUUGCUGCGCCACCAGCCCCAUUUCCGAAUGCCCUUUAACAAGUUCAUCCCGUCUUACCACCACCACUUUGGCCGGCAGUGCAAACUUGCAUACUAUGGAUUUACCAAGCUGCUAGAACUUUUGGAAGCCAUACCUGAGAUUUUACAAGUGUUAGAAUGUGGAGAAGAGAAAAUCCUUACUUUGACUGAAGUGGAGCGAUUCAAAGCUCUAGCCGCCCAGUUUGUUAAGCUUCUGCGUUCCCAAAAGGGUAACUGCCUUAUGAUGAGAGAUCUGUUUACAGAAUAUGCUAAAACUUUUGGUUACACAUUUCGUCUCCAAGACUAUGAUGUAAGUUCAGUCUCUGCUUUGACACAGAAGCUCUGUCAUGUUGUAAAGGUUGCUGAUAUGGAGACUGGUAAACAGAUCCAACUGAUCAACAGGAAAUCCCUGCGGUCUCUCACUGCUCAGCUGCUGGUGUUGUUGAUGUCUUGGGAAGGAGAUGCUUAUCUUCCUGUUGAUGAGCUCAGGAGACAUUAUGAAACCACUCACAGUACUCCUCUUAACCCCUGUGAAUAUGGAUUCAUGACCUUGACUGAACUGCUGAAGAGUCUGCCUUACUUAGUAGAGGUUUUUACGAAUGAUAAGGCACAAGAGUAUGUGAAACUCACAAGCCUAUACUUAUUUGCAAAGAAUGUGAGGUCUUUGCUUCAUACCUAUCACUACCAGCAAAUUUUCCUUCAUGAAUUUUCCAUGGCCUAUACCAAAUAUGUUGGAGAAACACUACAGCCCAAAACUUACGGCUACAACAGUGUGGAGGAGCUGCUGGGAGCCAUCCCACAGGUGGUCUGGAUAAAAGGACAUGGUCAUAAGAGAAUUGUAGUGUUAAAAAAUGACAUGAAAAACCGGCUAAACUCAUUUGACCUUUUCCCUGUCAAUUAUGAAGACCAGCCUGCAGUCAGCAGGCAGAUCCUGGAGGUGCCAGAAUCCCAUCAAGCCUCAGAACUCCAGCUCAGAACAGGACCCAGCCAAGUGGAUCAGGAGCUUCUGCAUCUGGCCAACAGCUCCCCUGUUGACCUCCUCUGUGCUCCUGUUCCUUCAUGCCUGCCAUCUCCUCAGCUAAGACCAGAUCCUGUCAUCUUGCAGUCCACUGAUCUCAUUCAGUUUGAGGAAUACCCUCAAGAGCCUUUGGGAGUUUUAGUUUUAAACCAAGAAGAAAAAUCAGAAAUUCCAAUACCAGUAAAGAAGGGGGACCUGUCCUGUGACUCCUCACCCAGCAGCCCAGCAUCUGCUUCUGCUCCUCCUGGCCCCUCCUCAGAAGCCCCCGGACCACUGAUCAGCAAGGAUGCAGUGGAAAGCCCAGCCAAAAAGCAGCCCAAAAAUAGAGUCAAAUUGGCAGCCAACUUUUCAUUUGCACCUGUAACCAAACUCUAACUCCCAUUUUGAACAUGGGAUUAAAUUAGGACGGGGGAAACUGUCUGACUCUACACACAUAAACGGGCUUAAAACCCUCAUUUUAUGUCUUGACCCUAGAAGAGCCACUUUGUUUACUGGUCUAUAGGGAAAUGAUUUUUUUUUUUUUUUUUUUUUUUUUAAGUUUCGAUGAACUUUUUCUUCCUUUAUUUCUCCCAGUUAUUUGAAAGAGCUCUUCCAUUAAGGAAUCUGUCAUACUUUACCGUAUUUUUCUAGACUGUUGUGAACCGUGGUGGUUGGGAAGAAAUAAGCAGAGUUCAUUCAGCAGGCCAUGGCUUGAGUCCCAGUGAGCAGUCUCCAUCGUUUGUUUAAGCAAAUGGAUUUGUGGUUGUUCAAGAAGCCAAGCAUGUCCAUGAGCCUGUGGGUCACACACUGGGGGAUGAGGCCAGGAGAGCCAGAAGUUCUGGGUUCUAGGUGACUUGUUGGUGUGCCUUGUUUUUUAUGUCUGUGGUUAACCAGUGUGGCCUCAUCCCACUUUUUUAAACAUUUCCAUUUGAGGAUUCCAUUUAAGAGUUUUCUAGAAAGUUAUUUCACGCUUCCCUUCUCUGUCUGUCCCAGUUUGAUAAGGAUAAGGUUUAAGAAAGGAGAUAAUGGCCUCCAUGUCAUGCACUUAAAGUCAGCGUUUAAAUGACAUAUUGUGUGUUAAGAGGUGGUAAUGGUAAGAGUCUGAUUUUUUUUAAACUAUGCAUUAAAUGCAUAAAUUGUAAAUCAGCUGAGUGGUGAAAUGCUUCAAGAGAGUGGGUUCAAUACUAUUUCCACUAAGAAGAGACCAGAGUUCUGUCUGUAAUGUGAAGGCCAAGGUUCAUCAACCUAUCCUUGCUGUUGCAAUUUAAAAAUUGGCUGUAAAUCUGGGAAGCUUUCCAUGUGAAGAUGUGUGUCCAUGUUAGUUCAUCUUGACGUCUUUUAAUAGUGUCUGGUUUUAAUGUUACUUCUCACUAUUGGAAGCACGUUUGGGUUUUUGUUAUGUCUUUGUGGUGUCUAAUGUUGGCAUUUGGGAAAGCCAGCCUUUGUGGGCACUGCCUUGUUUGGAAUGGCCUUCUGUCUGGUUACCUCAGGUGUCCAUUUAUGAGUGGUCUCUCACCCCUGCUGGAGAGACCUGACAUUUACAAUAGAUUGUAUCUGUUGGGCAGAAAAGCAGAUCCAUUCAUAGAGCAGAAAGAACUUGUGGCACAGUCUUCCACUAGUCAGAUGACUUCUUUGGUGAGAAAUGUUUAAAUUUUUUUUCUAGAAAGCCAGGAAAUGGAUUCUGAUUUCAUAGCCAGCAUUUUGAUAAAAUGUCACAAAAUUAAAGGCUAUAGAGAGUUUUUUUUAACCAGUUGAAAUUUUUCGCCAAAAUCUUUUAACUGAAACCAGUGAUCCCAGUUCUCAGCACUACGACCUGCCUCAGAUGGAGUUGCACUGGAAUGUUCUGCAGGCCUGCCACUCUGUCUGUGCACAGCCUGAAGGUACUUUGUAUGCAGGCCUGGAAGCACUUCCUCUUUAAGGCCUCACGGCACUUCCUCUGCAGUUUUAGUACAUAGGAAGUAAGAUGGCACAGGUGCAAUUUCUUUAAGGCUUUUAGGCAGUGUAAUAAAGUUGGUGGUAUAAGUUUCCUUAUUUGCAGACAUCCUAAGGCUAAGCUUGCCUGCUCAGACUUCAGGUCUUUAAGCAUAGUAGGGACUAUGGACUUUGAAAACACUAGAUGUCACUAAAGUUACUUGGAGUCAUCUCAAAGGUCAGGUUCUGUGGACAACAAAGAAUAGUUGUAUACAGUGAACAGGUGUGUGUUUACCAUUUGCUGGAGUUGUCCGUAUGUCUUGGGUGAGUGUGGCUCUAACCCUUGCUGUUUGAAGAUGUGACAACUCAAUUGGAAGCAUGCUGAGUGUGAUGUGCCUACAGUGGCCAGUUCAAUCACUGUUCAUUAUCCAGAGGCUUAGAUAAUGAUGCUAUGAUGUAUGUACGUGGAGAUGAUGAGACACUUUUUCUGGGUGGAAGUAUGUACCAGAUUAGAUUUAACUGUUGAAAAGACAAAUGUUAUCACCAGAAUCCCCUUUCCCAUCUUCCCAUCUUGUACUGUUUGCUUUUGAUGAGGCUUGGGGGGGACAAGAAGUUUUUCUUAACUGUCUACUUUGUUUGAACACUUUGGGGUUGGGGGCUGGGGUUAAGUGCUGUUUGUGUGUUGGGACCAAACAGUUGUCAAUAAACUUUAUGAGCAAGCAUC